AUGACUACAUCGACUACAACCACUACCCAAAACCAAACCAAAAGUAAUGGAACUACUGCGACCAAACCUCAAAAGACCUAUGGGAAGAUAGUGUUAACGCUACACAACUGCCUUUUACCAGAAACUGCGUUUAAAGAGACGCCAUCACAAGCUGAUGGUUUGGAUAUUGAAACCGAAAUUGACCUUCGUGUUUUGGGGUGCGAGAUGAUACAAACGGCUGGAAUUCUCUUGAAACUACCUCAGGUUGCAAUGGCAACGGGCCAAAUGUACCUGCAAAGAUUUUACUAUUCGAAGUCGUUUGUCAGAUAUCCUAUGGAGACGACUGCCAUGGGAAGCAUUUACUUGGCAUCAAAAGUUGAAGAGAAGCCAUGUAGAAUCCGAGACGUUAUCAAUGUUUUUCAUCACAUCAAGCAAGUGAGAGCCCAAAAAACAAUAUCUCCACUUAUAGUUGAUCAAAAUUACAUUGAACUAAAAAAUCAAGUUAUAAAGGCUGAGCGUCGUAUUCUUAAGGAGCUCGGCUUUUGUGUUCAUGUGAAACAUCCACAUAAACUGAUAGUUGUAUAUCUACAGUUAUUGCAGUAUGAAAAGAAUAAACAGCUCAUGCAGAUGGCUUGGAAUUACAUGAAUGAUGCUCUUAGAACAGAUGUGUUUAUGAGGUUUCCACCAGAAACAAUCGCCUGUGCUUGUAUCUAUUUGACAGCUCGUAAAAUUGGCUUACCUCUACCAAACAAUCCACAUUGGUUCCUAUUAUUUAAAGUAACCGAAGAAGAAAUUCGGGAUAUAUGUGUGCGGAUCCUACAAUUGUAUAAACGGCCUAAGGUAAACCCUGAGGAAUUGGAAAGUAAGGUGGAUUCACUCAGGAAAGUGUACCAGGCUAACAGACAAAUGCAAGUACAAAAAGAAAGAGAUGCCAAGUUAGAGGAAAAGAAAUCUGAACCAUCAACCUCUACAUCGAAAGAGACAAAGCGGGAUGUGAAAAACGACAAGUCACCUAAGACACCACCUCUGUCCUCAAAAUAUCAUACAAGCCAUAAAAAAAGAGAAAGAAGAUCUAGAUCCCCAUAUGAUAGAAAACGAGAGUACUCAAGUAAAAGACAUAAAUCCAGGUCUCGUGAACGUGAAGUUGACAGAUCUAGAGAGCGGAGGUCGGAUGAUAAAAGAAGUCGCACUUCUUCAAGGAAAUAUGAUGACUAUGAAAGGUCUAAGUCAAGUAGAGAUAGUAGAGAUGAGAAGCGAAAGCAUUGA